AUGAACGAUGAAGAAGCCCUCGACAAGUUUGUCCGCGGACUUCACCCCACCAUACGAGGAAAUGUUCUUGCCGCCCGACCUGUCGACGUUGACAAUGCCUGCAACAUUGCUUUGGCAUAUGCCAGUGGCCUCCACUUGGGGCAACAGAACAACUACGCACCCGUUCCCCAACCGUACCAACAGACGUACCAACAGCCGUACCAACAGCAGUACAGUGGUCCCGAGCCCAUGGACCUGGAUGCGAUUCAAGGUCGCCGUAAUAACUAUCGAUCUCGCCCCCCUCAGAAACGUAAUGUGGCUACUUGCCAUUGGUGCGGCGAAGUUGGUCACUUCAAGAGGAACUGUAGGGAUCGAUUAGCAGUGAUUAGACAGUUAGAUGAGACACGUAGCAAGAAGCAGGGUUUUCGCGAAACACAACCCGAAACUAGCGAACCAGAAAUUAAUAAAGACGUGUCUGAACAGUAUACAAAUGUUACCAAUGAAGAGCCUGAGACUAUGUCUGAAGAAAAUUGUGACCCUUGUCUCACUGCUGACCAACAUUUCUUAGAAGAUCUCCAUGCUGCCGUGGACACAGACUUGCCCUUAUACGCCGCUAUACUUGACGGACAACAAAUCCUGGUGUUAAUUGAUAGUGGUGCUAAUCGCCCAUUUGGCCACACACAUUUUGGAUAUACCCGGACGAUCAGUCGAAACUGCAGGAGGACACAGCAUUAA